AUGACAGUCCGCAUCGGUUUAAUGGUUUUCUUACUUGUUUUGGCAUUAGCCGUGAGACCUUCAUCUCAAGAACUUAGAGAUAUAAAUACAAAAUGGACAGUGGACGUUGUUAAUGGAUUGAGCGGCGAAAAUAGGUUGUUCCUUCAUUGCAAGUCCAAAGACGAUGAUCUGGGCAUGCACGAUCUUCCGGUCGGGGCUAAAUCCUCAUGGAGUUUCAAAGAAAACUUGUUUGGGAGAACACUUUACUGGUGCUAUUUGCGCAAGGACAAGGCUCAUGCAGCGUUCGAUGUGUUUUGGGAGGAGAAAAAUGAAGAAUAUUAUUUGCUUAGGCGGACGUGCGACCGGAGCAAUAUUUGCAUUUGGAUUGCCAAAGAUGAUGGAAUUUACUUGAAAAGCAUUCGUGAUAACCUUGAUGUGUUUAUGCACAGAUGGAAACCAGGACAAUAA